GAUGGAAAGUGUUUUUAUAAUAGGAAUUUCUACAUGUAUAAGUUUUUUAGUUUGUAUCACUGGAGCACAGGCACUCAAUUAUUCUUUUGAAGAAUACCAAUGUAAAGGCGACAUACGGAUUGAUGAGAACACAGAAGUGUUUAUAUCAUACAACGGAGGCGUGAUAGAUUCUUUAUGUUACUUCAUGAACUUUCUUGGACGAGAUUCGAAAAAUCUGAAAGUUUACCAGAUUUGUAUGGAGACCAUCAGGUAUCACGACCCUGACUGCGCCAUUCUAGUAGGAUUGACUAGCUCAACAAAGUUUGCCAGGGAUUUCAAUUGUACUCACUCGCCACCUACUGCUGUCUGUUUUGACCACUCUUUGAAAAUCCACAUUGAACCCAUUUCGAUGGAAAAGUCUUCAAGAAAUUCAUCUUUUCUUUUUAAAGUUGUGGCACAUUUAACGGCAGAUAAAAUGGAAUUAAUCUGGACACUUUUAGCAGCAAGUGGUGGAAGUCUGGUACUUAUGAUAAUAAUUAUUGUAAGUGGUAAACGAAUAAAAAGCAGACUGCAAAAUACUAAGAAGAAAGAAGUGUACGAAACAG